AAUCUUACUAUUUAAAUACGAAAAAUAUGUGGCAUGGAUCGUGGUUGAUUUCCUUCCAUGCUCCAUCUCUUUUGGCUCUUCUGCACACUUGGAAGCACUCAUAUCUUAUUUUAAAGUACCCAAAUCUAAGACACAUCUGACCAGACACAGUUAGACCAGGAACCUAACAUGAUAUAUCUUAUUGCAAAGCAGACUUGAUGACAUCUAACCUACAUACAGAAUGGGAGCCUUCGCCAUCUCCUACUGUACCAAUCUGUACUCUACCCAAAUAUACACCAACUCAUCAUCAAAAGCAAGGAGACACUCAAGAUUGUCUUCAACCAUUCAUGUUUUUCCAUUCAACGUUUGCUUAAAGAGAAAGAAAGUAGCUCACAGAUGGCAUUCAAUGGUCUUGGCAACAGCAGCAGGAGACCAGCCCGUAAUUCAGGAAUUGUCAAACCCAAAGAUGCUAGAAGAUAUGAUACAGCAAGCUAGAGCUGCUGUAGAAAAUGGUCUUAGAGAUGGAAAGUCACGCCAAAUGCUACAACUCUUGCUACCUGUAGAUCAACGACAACUCAACUUUCUUGACACUGAACCAAGAGACUAUCCAUGUGGUAUAAGAGAGGAAUUCAAUGCUUGCUCCAGAGUUGUGACAUCAAUUCUUCAAGGUUUACAAGUGACAGAAGGAAGUGCCAAAAUACUAUCAAGACCCUUUGGAGAAUUUGAAAAUGAGAUGGAUCCCAUGGCUGUUUUGUAUCCUACAAAUAGUUCAGUGGCUUCUAUAGUGUUUCCCAUAUCAGAUUCACUGAAACAGAUUAAAUCACUUGCUAAGGAUUCUGAAAAGAGGCCUGUGCUUAUAGUGAACCCACAGUGGAGGUCAACUGGUCAAGUUGUUUCUGACUUUGGAUUUGGUCCUUGGAAGAGACAAGCAGAGGAAUUUCUUGCCUCUUUUGAACCGGUAUAUGUACUUCUAGAACAGCGGGUUGGUGAAGCAUCAAAUAUACUUUCUGGAGUAGGAGGGGUUGUAAGAAUCUUGAGAUUUUAUCCAUCAGAUUGGCAGAUUUAUUUAAUGGCAUGGGAUGGCACAAGUGACUUAAUUGGAACAACAGAAAAACAACCAACAUACAAAGAGUUGGAAAAAUUUGUUGUAGAGGCAAGAAAAAGAAUACCAUGGAAAGCACCUCCUCGCAUGGUGGGAGGAUCAGAGCCUGCUCCACCUCCAUUACCCAAGUCAUUAUCCAGACUACUAUCAGAUGAAGAGAUUAAUGAGAUGGACAAAAUUUCAUUAAGGCAAGCUUUGAUAGCUCGGGAGCUUCCCACGUCUGGAAAGAUUGAAACAUUAAAGGAAAGGCUUAAGGAUGCCCAAAAGAAUUCCAUUAAACCCUAAAAACUACAGAAACCUAACAAGCUUUAGGAUUCUGAAACUCUUCCUACAGUUCAGCAUAUGAAGGCAGAUGCAGAUUUGAUAAUGUCACGAAAUGAGUAAAAAUUUAUAGAAAACUUGACGAGUAUGCUAAUUAAUUUUGAACAAAUCUACGUCUAUUUGUAUACUUGGUAAGAAGUGAAAAAGAAAAGAAAAGAAAUCUGGUUAAGAACGA